GAGCUAUCUUCUUUACAUCCCACCUUUCCAUUAUCGUAUACUUCUUCGCAGAAAACACAGUCGCAGCAAUCCUGUAGUGACAAGCUGCUGAUGGAUAACUCCAAAUUUUCUGAUCCCAGACCGGAUGAUCUUCGUGCCCUCGUUCUCCAGUAUCUCUGUCAUAAUUGUUAUACGAGCACAGCGAGAGCAUUUGCAAGAGAUAGUGCAGUAAGACACCUCGACGCAGAUGGCAAUGAAAUAACGUCGUCAAGAGCAAAGGAGAUGUCCCCAGAUUUGUCGGAGGGUACACUCAAUAACAUCAAAUUCAGAAACGAUAUUCGGCUGUGCAUUCUUUCAGGUCAAGUGGACGAGGCUAUAACACUCCUCAACAAGCAUUUCCCCAAUGUUCUAGAUCUGUCUGAGGUGGAAACCCGAAUGCCUGGGCAGAAUGAAUCCGCAUCCAAGCGAGCUGAAUAUGUCCUACCGAACACCGUCCACCCUGCACAUCUAUCCCUCAAUUUGCACAUUCUGGCAUUCAUUGAAGCCUGCCGCACCAUCCCCCUCUUGUAUACCCCCCCUGAACCGUCUUCAAAAAUGGCCUUCGAAUCUGUGCCUAAAGUCACAGACACAACGAACGUCGCUGAAGACGAUGAACAGCAUCAGAUGGACCUACUAUCUCGUGCCCAGAAGCUGAACACAGAGGCUGGUAGGCUCGAGAAGUCAACUGAUCAAGAUCUCUAUCUCAAAGAACUGGAAAACGUUGUCGGCUUGCUCGCCUAUAAGGAUCCUGAGAGAAGUCCCAUGAGCAAGUAUAUGAGCCAGGAGCGAAGGGGCAGGGUUGCAGAUCAGAUUGAUGGUGCCAUACUAUUUCACACGAACCACCCUCCAAUCUCUCGUCUGGAAUUUGGUGUAAGGUUCACACAUACACUGUGGGCGAUCUUGCACGACCUACAAGUGAAAGCGCCGCCGUCAUCAAGCAGGCCAACCGGUCUGCGCUUGCCGCCUGUAAGCCAAAGCAGUACAUCUCCCAGCGAACAGCAGACUGGCACAGCAAAGGAACCUACUGAGUACCUACCCGCAUUCGAUCUGAAAUUAUUCCUCGAUAUCAAGACAUGAUGCAUUCUUGAUUCAGAAGAGACGACCAGCAUUCAUCAAGAACUUUUUUAUAACCACCACUACCGAUACCUUCCAUUGGGCCUGUAUUAUACAAUUUUAGCACCACCACGGCGAUAGUCCCGCCACAUUGUUUACAUUGAGAAUCAUAGUCAAUAAUUUAUUGAAUAACGACCACGUCAUCCCAUCGCCCUUUAUUAAGUACUGCUAACAUUUUGGGUGCAACCUGACACUCUCUCAGUCCUAGAUAUCGAAGAUAAUGUAACUUGCUCCAUUCCACAUCCUCCAAAAUGGUAGUGUUGCCAACUUUCUGGGAGCGGGAAUUUAACCAUUUGUUAUAUGAAAGAUCAAGCACCACUAAAAGAGGACAUAUUAUAUGAAGCCGAUGAAGGGGUAACGCCGACGUUAUAUUCACGAGGGCCAGGCAAGAUAUCGUUGGAGGGAGCGCUAAGUAUGUUGAAAGAGGUAGAGAUGUGGACAGUAGAGCCAACGUGUGCAGUGGUGGAUCAUCGCUCUGCAACAUGGGAGCAUCCCAAGACCACUCUUCAUGCUCCACAUCCACAGUGUCACUCAUACUGACGUCAUGCGAUCGCAGAAAGUGGUCUUUGCGGAGAGAGGCCUGCGGACCAACCACUAUCAACUCGCCAUCAACAUGGCCAUUAUCG